AUGCCUGACAGGUAUCCACUUCCCCAUCUCCACGACUUUUCAUCUAGCCUAGCUGGAGCAACAAUAUUUUCUAACAUUGACCUAGUCAAAGCUUUCCAUCAGAUACCCGUUGCUCCAGAAGACGUUCCCAAAACGGCGAUUACAACACCGUUCGGUCUGUUCGAGUUUGUCAGGAUGCCUUUUGGGCUACGCAACUCCGCCCAAACUUUUAAACGUUUCAUCAACGAAGCCCUCCGCGAUCUACCUUUCGUUUUUGUCUACGUCGACGAUGUUCUGGUAGCAAGUUCCAGUGAACACGAGCACCUACAAUAUUUGCGUCUCAUUUUUGAACGAUUGAGCCAAUUUGGCGUUUUCAUUGAUGUUUCUAAAUGCGUUUUUGGCGCACAGUCGCUGUUUUUCCUAGGACAUCGCGUAGAUGCUUCUCGUUGUCAUCCCAUAGAUGCCAAAGUUUCAGCUAUUCGCGAUUUCCCUACUCCCACUUCUUUUCAACAACUGCGCCGUUUUAUAGGCCUUGUCAAUUUCUAUCGACGUUUCAUCCCUCAUUGUGCUCAAUUAAUGCUACCACUUACUAAAUUUUUACGCGGGAACAACCGUGAGUUUUCUUUUCCUGACACAGCUGUAGAGGCUUUCAAUCGUGCGAGGAAGGCUCUUGCGGAUACAACUGUCCUUGUUCACCCUAUACCUGAUGCUCCACUUUCCAUUGUGGCCGACGCCUCCAAUUUCGUUAUAGGUGCUGCCCUUCAGCAACAGACGCCCACUGGCACCCAGCCCUUGGCUUUCUACUCUGCCAAAUUUACACCCCCACAAACUCGCUAUAGCACUUUUGGUAGAGAACUUCUUGCAAUUUAUUUAGCCAUUAAGCAUUUUCGUAAUUAUAUUGAGGGCCGAGAUUUUUGUAUUUAUACUGACCACAAGCCUCUUACUUAUGCCCUCUCUACUUCUUCUGACAAGUAUUCACCCCGCGAGGCCCGCCAUCUCGAUUUUAUUUCUCAGUAUACCACCGACAUUCGAUUUCUUAAAGGCCUUUAUAAUCAAGUUGCUGACUGUCUUUCUCGGCCUGGCAUUAAUGCCAUCACCCGCCCUUCCAUGGAUUUGGAGCGCAUGGCAGAACUGCAAAAUCAGCCGACUUUCAGUGAGAGCCUUCAGCACACUAGUCUUCAACUCGAAGCCAUUCCUCUUACCACCACCCCCGGUACAAUCUUGUGUGACGUAUCGCGCGGUGCCUCCCGACCCGUAGUGCCAAGAGAGAUGAGACGAGAUGUCUUUGCCGCGUUGCACAAUCUAGCUCACCCUGGCAUCCGCACUACCCAGCGCCUCGUCAGCGAGCGGUUCGUUUGGCCAAGCAUUAACACUGAUAUACGCCAGUGGGCCCGUUCAUGUUUGGCCUGUCAGAAAGCCAAAGUCGGAUGGCACAACAAAGCCCCCAUUGACACUUUUCUCGCACCCGACGCACGUUUUUCCCAUGUUCAUAUCGAUCUGGUAGGUCCCUUUCCAACAUCUCGUGGUUGA